AAGUCUCGAGAAGGAAACGGUUAGUUGGCAACACUUAGACCUAGCACAUGAACGGAAAAUAAAACCUACGGACGUAGAACAGCACAUCUAGCCCUUAUAGAAUAAAACCCAAGGCGUACCGCGUCGACGCGGAGGAGAUUACGGAGUAAGAUAAAGGCAAAACAAGGUUCUGUAUCCCUUUCCUUUUUUUUUUUGUUCUCUCCAUCUUGUCCCCUUCUCUGUCUAGACGGAGGCGAGCGCGUCCUGUCUAGUACGGGUUUUAACCACUGCGCCGAAUCUACCCUUGCCACCCGACGGCAGCGGCCGUCGCUACCUCCAUGCAUUUACCAAAAGCAGUAGUCGGACGAGCUCUACGGCAGCGGCGGCAGUGGCAGUGAGACCAGAAAAGCCAGCUACCCACCGUCGAUUUUUCGGGUGAGCAGUUCAAGUUGGUACCGCUGUGACCGCCAGUUGUCGAAAGGCGGAAUAGAACGGAGAAACCCCGUUGUGCUACAGUUGCCUAGGUAAGUGUUAUAUAUAUAUAUAAGCCAGGAGCGGACUGUGGAGUGACAUCACUGCUUUAAUUUGUCGGCGAGCGAGACACAUUAAACACAUUCUGUGACAGUGUCACACCACGGGAAGGUUUAUUCAGUACCACCCAUCGCUACUGCCUCGUUUGGAACGUUCGUUAGAGAAAAAUAGGACCGUUAAUUGAUCGAAAUCGAAGUGAAACUGAACGUCGCUAGAGGUCGCGUUGCAAGCUGAUGCUAGCUUCAUGUUGUGUCACUGGUCAGCGCUAGUGACGACUGCAUGCACCACUAUCUUCGUUGACGAAACGAAACAGAACUGCAGGAAAAGCCUGAUAGUGCUUAUUCAGUGUAGAGUUUCCAAUAUAUAGUUAUAUUGUGUAGUUGAGUCGGAGGUGGUAAAGACGGAGCAGCUGGAAGAAACAUAGCAAAGGACGUUCAGAUGCUCACUUUACGUUAGCAAAACGACCGACAGGGAGUACGUUGUGACAGUAAGUGUUAUAAUAAAAAAGACGAAGAUCUCUCCUCGUUUAACCCCAGUGGGAGCGGCGGUUGAUGCGCGAUUUGGAUACAAAUUUGGAUUUGAGUUCGGAACAGACGUCGGCAGAAAGUUCGGAGCUGAUCGCCUCUGGCAGGAUGCAGUCAGGCGGUAUGUGCGUGCCGACAUCACAGGCAAAGAGCCUUCACGUUGCUUUUUCAGAAGACCGUUCUGAUGUCGGUGAACGAAAGAAAAAGUAUCUAACAGCUAAAUACGGUUCGCAUCAGAUGGCGCUCAUCAAGAAACGACUUCACGUCGAGAUGUGGAUGUGCGAACAGCUGCAGGCGCUCUAUUCAACGCCGGAAGAAGGUGACAGUGAGGUGGAGAUCGACCUGGACGAACUUCUGGAUAUGGAAAACGAUAUAUUGCGAAAGGAGUUCCUGCUCAAGAAACUCCAUGGAGCUAAGAAGAGUCGCGAUAUAGUCGAGAGCUUUGUCGAACAACUGAUCAGCCGUGCGAAGACUCUCUGAGGAGUUUAAUCUGACAAACACUACUAAUAAUACAGCAAAAUGGGAACCCAGGAAAAACAAUUCAAAUAAUCACAAUGUCAAUAACAAGAAUGGCAUCAAACGAAGCAAAUAUUCGCAAUAAUAGAAAAAUGAAUAGGAGGUAAGGCCGCCUCGUAUUUAUUCCUAGGCACAUAUACAUACACACCAACAUCGACAAUCUGCAUCCGUCGGAUAGGGAAAAACACACGAACAAACGAUCAGCGCCGAAUGUAUUCUGAUAUAAAUCGAUUUCUUCUUUGAUAACUGCCUCUGCAGUAGGAUCAUUAAUGGUUUCGACAUCAAUGACAAAGAGUCACCGCCUUUCGCUUUGGUGAUGGUUUUGGAUUGGACGCGUUCAAGUUGACUCUGAGACGCUUAUUUAAUGACGAGCUCUGCCGGCCUUAGCGUCCUGAUGAAGUCCUUUCAACGAAAACUUCCUUUUUCCAACUACACAUGGAUUAUUCGACAUAAUAAUUUGAUUAGCCAUUACAUUUGAUAGAAACUAUGAUUUUCCUUAGAGUAGGUUGUACACACAUAUAUAACCAGCUAUCUCCGAUCUAAAUCAAAACCGCUUCUAAAUAGAAGACCUGCUGGCCAUUUCAACAGGUACUCAUCUUAUUAUCAUUGCUUGAUUAUAGUAAAUACUAAUUCGAUAUCAUCUGCUGGCUUUCUCCGUAGGUGUAAUGGGUCUAUUUUCAUGGGAUCAAUUAUCCAUAGAACAUCAGAGGAUAACCAAGUGGCCGGAAAUCAAGCGAUGGGUAAAAGCACCUGUGACGAUACAUUUUUCAUUGCUUGUCGCAGAUGGUUACAUGCGAUCAUUAGUAAUAAUCUCCUAUAUAUUGAUUGCACUGUGUAUGUCUGUGGUCUUGUCACCUUAUAAACGUUUCAUUGUGAACUUCCACAGCGGUUAGAUCUCGACGAAGCGCACUCGGAUAUGAAGAAGUGCAAAAGCAAAAAUAAAAACAAACUAAUAGUAGGAUAAUGCGAAUAGCACAAAGUGCGCCAAUGCGUGAAAGAAUUAUUAGUAUAUAUAUAUAUAUAUAUAUUUGUAUUACUGUAUCGUAACUACUAUUCGAGUGUUAUUUCUUUUGGUACCAUCGAAGCAGCUUACAGCUCGUGAUUUGCCGAACAUAGAAAUAUGGCGACGCAGUAUCUCAUGGUUCUACUCUAGAGAAUAACUACAGGCUUAUUUAGCAGCGAAGUGAUGGGGCAGGACACGCAAUAUUGGGAAUGACCACACCGGAAAGGCAAAUGAUCGCACUUCUGGUAACAACCGCUUCACUGUCUCCCUACUGGAACGUAAUUGAAUGAUGAACACCCGGCAAGUUACCAAACCUAAUGGUGUUAAGUACAAUUUUUCACCACAAUAUUUCCUCACAAAAAUAUUCUUCAUUGACAUCUUUUUCUUGUUUUUGGUACUGAUUGGUCUGAUUACCCGUAGACGUAAUAAGUAAUAGCAGUCACAGUAAUAAUAACUUAUUAUUAUUGCGACUGCUAUUGCUUAAAUGUAUUUGAACGAAAGUACAUGGUAACGUUGAUGCAAGGAGAGUCGGAGCAAGCGUGGAGUCACACGCGCAGUAAGUAUCCACCUACCUAUGUGAUUGUUGUUAGCCCGAAACGUAUCGGAUACCUUUGACCCAAAUUCCUGGUCAACACGAGCAGACUAUCGCUCGUAGAGCUCAUACGACAGCUCGGGAACAGAUGCAGCGAAAAAAGUAAACAUGUCGAGUGGUAACAACAGCUUUUUGGUAUGCAUACGCUGGAUCAAAAGUCGGAUGCUAAACUAUCUUCAGAAACAAAAUAUGGAAAAGAGCGACUGUGUGGGAACGAAGAAUAAAAGGAGCACGUAAACAUAGAGUAUUGCUAAUAAAUUGAUAUACAAUAAUACUAUAUGGUAUGAUGGAUUCAUUGGUGAGUUUCAUUAAGCUUUUGACACACUGCGUACCGUAUGUAUAAUGGUUUCUAGCAGAGACCCAGAUUGCAAAAACGGCACGUACGUAAGCCAAAAACUACUGAUUGUCGCAUUGAUCGUAUGUUUUCAUAAUUUCACGGUGGCUUCAUACUGCAGCAGUAAUCUGCGGUGCAAAUCACCAAUGGAAACCAUUGAAAGGGUAGGCAAGUCAGUCGUAGAUGAAACAAGUAUAACUGUUGUAACAGAAUAUAAAAUCGGAGUGACGAGCCUAAACGAACUGUUAGGUCAACAGGCCGGCUAAACACAAAAAAGCAAUGCAUAUAAAGACAAGGGAACCAACACUAAGAGUUGUGCUUCUAAGUUGACAACGUCGACGAAAUUGAAUUACUGGUCAAGAACGCCAUCAACUAAAAAAGAGACGGUGACGUAGCUGAAACGACGAUUGAAUAUCGAGCGGCUAGCCCCGCCAAGAUGCCAUGCUGUCUGUUCAUAUAAUCAUGUUAUACACAAUAUAUAAAUGAUAAUAAAUAUUAUAUGAAUAAAUAAUAAUUAUAAUACCUACAGCAAGUGCAAAUAAAAGUCU